AUGAGUGAAACAAUGUUGAAAGAAAAUGAAAAAUUAAAAGAAUUAUUGAAUGCUUCUAAUGAACAACUUGAGAAGCUAUGCAAACAUGUGGAAAAGAAGCAAGAAAUAUCCAACAAUAUGAAGGCACAAAUUAAUCAGUUGCAAGAUCAACUAACUGUCAAAAUUGAUGAAAAUUCACAGCUAGAAAAACAGGUAUCCAAUAUAUCUUGUUUACAUUCCAAAAUAUCCAACAAUAUGAAGGCACAAAUUAAUCAGUUGCAAGAUCAACUAACUGUCAAAAUUGAUGAAUUGAAGAUAUAUGUAGAAGAGAUCCAGAAGUUAAAAAAGAGUAUAGUCAGAUUGCAAUCACAAUGCAAUGCUACGCCAAGGAGUACAUCCAGCAAAACAUCAUCAACGUCGUCAUCUUCAUCAUCACCACUAUUAUUCAGCCAAAAGUCGCAACCACCUCCAUUGCCACCAUUAUUAUCCAGCCAAAUGUCUCAACCAUCGUCGUCAUCAUCGUCGUUUUCCGCAUCAUCGCAUCUUCAUUCAAAAACCUUCCCAACUUUAAACGAUCCUGGACAUCUAUCAGGCGGUAAUAACACGUACAAUAAUAAUAAUAACGUCAAUAACGAUAACAAUUUCAAAGAACCUCCUUCUUGUAAAAGCACACAUUCCUCCACAAAUCACACUGUAGCUCACGAAUCAGAAUGUAGAGACGGGGAUUCCAGUUACAAAUGCCCCUUGUGUCAGUUCCCCUUCGAGGACAGAGAGGCUUUUGCAAAUCACAUGACAAGAUGCGAUGGAGCUACGCGAUGA